GGUACCUUCUGUGGGGAGAAGGUCAAAUGACUCCGCAUGUGUUCGUGUGUGUGUUGUGUUCAUUCCCACUAUGGUGCUCACCUGAUGAAGAUACACUUUGAACGUAAAUGAUGUUUCUUCCAUCGUGGCUUGACGUCGCACUGGAAGUUUGAGGAGCCAACAUUAAGUGGAGACCAUCUCAAAAGCUCUGAAGAGGAGAAAGAAGACGCCGCCAACAUGUUCAGCAUCAAAAGACUGAAGCAGAAGUCUCAGUCGGUGGACAUUGCCAGUCAAGGCUUCUCCCCGACUCUGGUGCCAGCUUCGCCCCUUAACAAACCUGCAUCACCUGUUGCCAAGACAACCACCGUCCUCGCGGUGCAGGAAAACAACACCACCAACUCCCAGCGCCGCAGUCCGCGUUGUGGGGAGCUGAAGAGAGGCUACACCAUUGAUACUGGCCAAAAGAAGACCCCAGAGAAGAAGGAUGGGAGGCGCAUGUCGUUCCAGAGACCCAAAGGGACCAUCGAAUAUUCUGUGGAAUUACGGGACACAUUGAACAGCAUUGCUCUCAAGUUUGACACCACACCCAACGAGCUGGUUCAGCUGAACAAGCUAUUCUCCAGGGCAGUUGUGCCUGGCCAGGUUUUGUAUGUUCCUGAUCCUGAGUACGUCUCCAGUGUUGGAAGCUCUCCUUCCCUCAGUCCCAUCAGCCCCCUCUCUCCCACCUCUUCAGAAGCUGAUUUAGAGAAAGUGACGGACUCAGAUGGCCCCUCCAGACCAGAGGCUGUUCUCCCCCCAGUGUUUUCUGCCCUACGCCAGUCCAGAGUGGUGUCAUCCACCUCCGAGGAGGAGGAAGCCCUGACGGAGAAAUUCCUUAAGAUCAACUGCAAAUACAUAACCGGUGACAAGGGUGCAGUGAGUGGGGUGUUGCUGGUGACGCCCAACAACAUCAUGUUUGAUCCACACCGGAUGGACCCACUGGUUCAGGCCCAUGGGUGCGAGGAGUAUGGCAUCAUGUGUCCUCUAGAAGAGGUGCAGUCUGCCGCCAUCUUUAAAGAGAUCACUGACACCAAGAUCAGAGAGACUGUGCCUGAUGACCUGGAGCCUCUCCCUUGUGAGAGGCAUCCCUCCCAGCAGGAACCAGAAAGGCGCCUGAGGGAGCCAGGGGCCAAUGACAGUGGCAGUGGCAGCACUGCCCCACGCAGCACAGAGGGCUCAAUCUCAGAAGAUGUCUUUACAGAAACAGAGCUGUCCCCCAUACGGGAGGAAGAGCAAGCAUCCAGCGACGAAGUAGGUCUGGACAAGUCUUCUGGCGCUGCCUCUACAGAAUCUGUGCAAACCGUGACUCAGGAGGAGCCCACUGGCUCCCAGGUGCCAGGCAGUGCCCGCAGCUCAGUCAGCCAUCCUGAGGACCCUCUAGCAGUAAAGGCCUCCGCCACAGAAGAGGACACUGCCACUGAAAAGAAUAGCCAGUCCCCAUUGGGUUUCAAGCAGCACAGUGAAGAGAAGCCACCAAGCAUACCCACUACCAGCACCGCCACUAGCCAGGUCCAGCGCCCCAGCAGCAGCAGCAGCAGCACUUCUCGUCCAGGGUCCCAAAGCUCAGCCGCCCCACUUUCCAUAGACACCCUUUCUGUCACAGCCAGUCCACCGAGGGAUGCCAACGAGGGGACCGAAGUCUCUAAAACAGAUUCUAUGCAACAAGAGAAGGUGGAGAAAGAUGAUGCAGAACAGGAGCAAAAGGGCAACAGCUCACAGGAGCGGACGAGUCGGUCACACAAGUUCCUUUGUCUGCGGGUGGGGAAGCCAAUGAAGAAGACAUUUGUUUCCAAUGCCAGCGCCUCUAUGCAGCAGUAUGCCCAGCAGGGCAAGAAGCACGAGUACUGGUUUGCUGUGCCGCAGGAGAGGUCAGACCACCUUUAUGUCUUCUUCAUGCAGUGGAGCCCAGAUAUGUAUGGUGAAGGGGUCAGAGGAAUGUCACAAGAACCUGGCUUUAUGGUUGUCAAGAAGUACGAGGUGUCUGACAGUGCUGAGGACGAGCCCAUCACUGACCUCAAUGUCAAAGAGUGGGAGGUAGUGUCUAUGACGGAGUACCACCGUCGGAUCGAUGCUCUAAACAGCGAAGAUCUGCGCUCACUCUGCAAACGACUCCAGAUCACCACCAAGGAAGAGGUGAACUCCAAGCAUGACACAUCCAUUAAGACUGAGCUGGAGCCUGAAACCUUCAAACCAAACCUAAGAGAACCAAGUGAUCUCUUGGAGGCUGAUCAAAUUGAGAAGCUUGCCAGGAAUCUACCACCACGAACUAUCGGGUACCCAUGGACUCUUGCUUUUGGCACAUCAAAACAUGGCAUGAGCAUCAAGUCGCUGUACAGAGCCAUGCAGGGACAAGACACCCCCGUGCUCAUGGUCAUUAAGGACAGCGACGGACAGGUUUUUGGUGCCCUUGCGUCAGAACCCUUUAAAGUCAGCGAUGGCUUCUAUGGCACAGGAGAGACCUUCCUCUUCACCUUCAACCCAGAGUUUGAGGUGUACAAAUGGACAGGAGACAACAUGUUCUUUAUCAAGGGGGAUAUGGACUCUUUAGCUUUUGGUGGAGGAAGCGGUGAGUUCGGCCUGUGGCUGGAUGGAGACCUUUACCACGGCAGGAGUCACUCCUGUAAAACAUUCGGGAAUCCCAUGCUGUCGAAAAAGGAGGAUUUCUAUGUGCAGGACAUAGAGAUCUGGGCUUUUGAAUAACCACACCGCACACCACGGGGGAAUAGACAAGUCCUGAAAAAGGGCAAAGCGGGAGGAGCUCCUUAAAACUAUGGCGACGUCUCAACCCUAACUGCACACGGCCGGGCCUCGCAAGCCAGCUGCCGGGUGCUCGUUGUGCGUUACUACUGCAGUUAUUCCGGAGCUUUUUUAUUCUUGGUGUAUAUCUUGUUACCUAGCGCCCUGUGCAGCACCUUGCAGCAUGGGGGAGAGCGUGUCAAGAACCUCUGAAGAUAUAAAAGUGAUGGUGAGGCCUUGGAAAGGGGACUCUGUGUGCGUGUGUGUCUGUGUGUGUGUUGCACAUUAUGUGUACUAUAAGCUCAAGGAGUCCCCAGCACCCCCUCAUUGAUGUCCAUUCAGUAGGAUGUUACUCACUGUGGAGUCAGGGUCUUUAGUGAGGAAGAUGAACACAUUCCUUUACACGUGGUGACGUAAUCAAGUGAUUCGCCGCCACAGGUUGGUUCCAAUGAGAGAAUACUUGCUGCAGGACAUUGGAGGUGUUUAUUUUCUUACCUUUUGUUUGUCGUCGUCCCCCACCCUCCUUAAGUCCCGGAAGGUUGUCUUCUGAGGCUAAACUACUGGAGUAUUGUGUGUCGUGGUCCACUGUCCCAGCACAGCAGGUGAAAGCACAUAUUAGCCACAUCAGCCAUUGUCGUGAUGUUGUGUUCAGUGGGUGUACGUGUGAGUCCAGCUAACACCUCUCGCAGAUACUGGCUGUACUGUUAGUAGACAGUAACGUGUUGCAAUAGAUUUUGUGGAAUAUGCAAAUACCUGUCCUGUGACCUCAAAUAACCCCGCAGGGCCCCCUCCCACCCCGGCGGCUUUUUGGCCGUUGACGAGAGGACCGUGUAAAGCUUUUACGUCUUGAUACACGAUCACUUUUUGUUUGAAAAGCCUGAGACGUGGUUAACUGUUUUACAUGCAUAUACGACAAUUAUAUAUCGGUAUAUAUGAUUUUAUAUGGCUGUAUAUAUAAUCAUAUAUACUUUGCUGUUAAGUGUGACAGUGAUCUCCUUGUGCUGAUAUUUCAGCUGUUACAAUAUAAUGUAUAUUUACCCUGUAAAUGAUGCUAUAUAAAUACAUAUUAUGAAGUGUGGAUUGGUGGGUUUGCUUCUAGCACUUUAAUCCGAGCGUCACAGCCAGGUUCUUAGAUUCCUUAGCAGUAGCUGUACAGUACUUUACUUUCCACCCACACCAUGUUAACUGUUCGUAGAACGCUUGCUGCUACCAAUAUCCAUAAGGUUAUUACGCCAUAACGCUCUUGUGUGUGUGUCUAAAAACCAGGAUCACUCUGAGGGGGGAUGGGGGGGUUCAGAGCGAUCGCAGCGGUUCGCUUUCUGGGCUCGCCAGGUGAGUCUCAGACAGGUAGGUAAGGUACGCUGGCAAACUGACCAAGGUCCCUUCUCUCCCCCCCCCCUCCGCCCCCUUUCCUGGUCUUCCACACCAGUAUUUGUCACCAAGAUUAAUAUAGACCAUUCACCACAAUACCAUGUAUCAGUGAUGUAUAAAUAAUAAAGAUGAAUUAAUGGUUAUAA